UAGAGAUGAAGAAAAUCUUAAAGCGAAAGAGGAAGUUUUAGUCUGUAUAUAUAAACAAAAGAUCAAUAGACGGCAGCAGGACUUCCUUCUUCUCCAAGGUUUUUUAAUUAUGGCUUGGACUGUUCGAAUUAUUCUUAUUGCCAUUUUAAUGGUUAUAACAGGCUCAAUCAACACGUUAUCGACCAAAUGGGCUGAUAAACAAAAGGCAGUUGGAAAUCCAGACCAAAAUGAACAUUCUUUCGAUCAUCCAUUUUUUCAGGCUGUUGGUAUGUUCCUUGGUGAGAUGACCUGUCUGGUAGCCUAUUUUGUGGUACUUUUGGUAAAGCGUCGCCAGGGUGACCGGGAGUAUGGAAGUCGAUGGGUCAAUCCUCUUGUCUUUGCUCCAGCAGCCAUCUGUGACAUGUGUGGAACAUCACUUAUGUACAUUGGCCUCACUUUGACUUAUGCCUCAAGUUUCCAGAUGCUCAGAGGUGCUGUGAUCAUCUUCACAGCUCUCCUGUCUGUGGCGUUCCUGGGACACAACAUCAAGGCCAGGAUGUGGGCAGGAAUGAUCGUCAUCAUUUUGGGUUUGGGGAUUGUGGGCGUGUCUGAUAUUGUAUUAGGUGACAAGAAAUCCAAAGACACCAAUGGAAUAAUAGCAGGAGAUUUACUGAUUAUCAUGGCACAGAUCAUUGUGUCUGUACAGAUGGUUUAUGAAGAGAAGUUUGUGGCCCGUUACAGGGUCAGUCCAUUGCUGGCCGUGGGGUAUGAAGGUCUAUGGGGUUUUAUCAUCCUAGGGAUAUUGUUGGUACCAUUUUACUACAUAAAAGCCGAGGUGUUUAGUAAACUCCCUAGUCACAGACUGGAGGACCCACUCGACGCCUUCAGACAGAUCAGUAACAAUGGGCAAAUAGCCAUGGCGGUUAUAGGUAACAUAGUAAGUAUCGCCUUUUUCAACUUUGCCGGGAUAAGCAUUACAAAGUCACAGAGUGCGACCACCCGUAUGGUGCUGGACAGUGUGAGGACGCUGGCCAUUUGGUUGAUCAGCCUUAUGCUCAGUUGGCAGCAGUUCGAGUUAUUGCAAGUGUUUGGGUUCCUGCUGCUGAUCGUGGGUAUGUGUCUAUAUUACAACAUCCUCGUCCCCAUCAUUACAAGGCACCUGCCAUGCAAUCGUCAGACAGCCGCCACAGAGGAAGAGAAUGAGCCUAUCCUUCAACAGAACGCUCCAGGUAUACAAGACAAUGCCUAAAUGAACAUUCCUGCUAGUAUUGUUACAAGCCAGCGUGGACUGGAUGCCAAUCUUUCCUUGUGGUCAUGGAACAUCAAACAUUCUAGUAUGUGUAUAAUGUGACAUUAAAAAUGAACAUUGAAGAAUUGGUACAUGAACCACUUAGGGCUUUCAAGAGAGUAUAUAGGGGAGGCUUUCAACAAAGUAUACAGGAGGGUUUUGAUGUAACAUUGUAUGAGUAUGUAUGGCAAAUUCUGACUAUAUUUUGUCACAUAAUUCUUAAUUGCUUUAGAUUUUUAUGAAGAACUGUUCUGUUGGUCUGAAUUGAUAGACUCAACAGGAAUAACAAUGUUUCACCUCUACUUUGACCUUUACGUUGGGGUAUGGAUCUGCCCGUGGUACACAACACACCCUUACGUGAUGAUACUUGAUAUUUAUACGGAAUGGUGAUGUUGGGGUGCUAGAGCAGGAGAAAUGUAUUAUGUUCAGUACGGUGCUUAUGCUAUAACAACAGAAGGUGUUGAAAGCCUACGAAUGUUGGGAUAAAGGUGCUAGUGAUAGACCCCAUAAUUAAGAUUUGUCACAACUUCAGUACCUCCCAGCUGGAGGAUUGUAAAUUAUCCUUACAUUGUUAUAUAUAUGUGUAAUUUCAACUAUUUACUAUCAUAAUGGAAGCAGAGGAAGACUCCUUUCUCCCAGAUGGAUGCAGGUCUUCAAUAGUAAUGUAAAAGGAGUGCAAAUAAAACUGAAAAUAUUCACCGACGUGAAAAAUGCAUCUGUCUGCUCCCAAUCCCACCGAUACAAUUAAACUCCUUACACUUUGACAAUAGUGCUGUUUAAUGUAUGUCAUUGUGCAGCUUUUAUUUCUGGGAGGCUGCAUGUAUCAUUCACUCUCCUUCACUUCAUCAUUCCACUCAUUCACGCAAUGUAUAAUUCUCCAUAUAUGAUCAUAUGUUGAUGAAGCUUCUGUUAGGGCUCAUGUGUUGUGUUAGCGGCUCUGUUCAGAAUUGUUUUUUUGUUGAUUAUGUCGUUCACAUUUUAUACAGAUGUGGCCGGUACUGAUUUGUCCUCGGAAGUCUUUAUGUCAUUUUAAUCUAAUGUCCUCUUUUUGCUCUAUCUCUCUCUCCUCGGCCGAUUUCGUUUUUUCAUUUCUGCAAAUGUACAAUCUUUUGACAUAAAUAAAUAUACAAUUGAUGAACUAUCGACCAACCGAACACCGUAACCUCAGAUUAUGUUUACAGCCAACUUACAUGGGCUCUUACCACAGGGUUAUGUUUACAGCCAACUUACAUGGGCUCUUACCACAGGGUUAUGUUUACAGCCAACUUACAUGGGCUCUUACCACAGGGUUAUGUUUACAGCCAACUUACAUGGGCUCUUACCACAGGGUUAUGUUUACAGCCAACUUACAUGGGCUCUUACCACAGGGUUAUGUUUACAGCCAACUUACAUGGGCUCUUACCACAGGGUUAUGUUUACAGCCAACUUACAUGGGCUCUUACCACAGGGUUAUGUUUACAGCCAACUUACAUGGGCUCUUACCACAGGGUUAUGUUUACAGCCAACUUACAUGGGCUCUUACCACAGGGUUAUGUUUACAGCCAACUUACAUGGGCUCUUACCACAGGGUUAUGUUUACAGCCAACUUACAUGGGCUCUUACCACAGGGUUCGUAAUUCUGGGGGAAGGUUUUGGGACAUUUCACAUCAAAGUACACUCUAAAUUUAAUUAUGUUUAACAAUAAAAUAAUCUCUGCAAGAUACUGAUAAAUUAGACCAAACUUCAUUAUUUGUUCGCUACAUUCCACAUUAGGGAACACUUGGCCCACUCAUUGUAUGUAGACUAAAAUAGUAUGUACAUAUCAAUCUUAGAAACCCUCUACUGACCAUUAAGACCUAGGGCAGGUGAGCUUAUGCCAUGGCACUUCUUCUGAAGAUCUGAUUGCCCUAAAGUCAUGAUAUUUGUCCAGUAGCAUCCUAUGAUGAAGUUUGUGAAUGAAAAUGAGUACAUUGACCUUUAGAUACUUUCAAAGUCAUAUGUCCGUCAUGCGACACCAUCCUUAUAUGACCUUAGCUGUUGCUAAAAUGAUAAACAAAUAACAACAAACAAAACCCUUCAACACACUUCUGAAUAUCGGAAACCUGUUCAGUCCUGCUCCUAUUCCCUCACCAGCAUCCUGUGUUUGAGUUCACUAUGCCCUUGCCCUACGUAUACUUUCAAGGUCACAGGGGUCAAGUAACUGUAAACCUUCAACCGCUUCUGAAUAUCCAAUCAACUUAACUUCACAAUAUUUGGCCAACAACUCCAUGUACCAAAAUAAACAGGUGAGCGAUACAGGCCUCUUGUUUUACAAUUGAAUUACUUUGUCCAACUUUCAACAUCACAACACUCAAUCAAUAUGUUUUUGAACAGUGUAUUUUGUAAUGGCAUUGUACGUAAUGCAAAUGAAGCUUUGAAACCUAUUUCUGUUGUGACAUUAUCCUUUGUGAAUGAUGCAUUAUGAUUUAUUUUUAAUAGUGAAUCAUAAGUGAUUACUAAGAUUAUAAAGCUGUAGAGACUGAUCGCGGCAACACUUGUUUUAGCAAACUAGUAACAAGAAACACUUUGUGACAGAGAUUGUUACGUCACAAUCGUAUAACUAUGUUUGUCUUUUGUAAAUGUUAUAGAAAAAUUAUAAUAUAAAGGUUGUAUAUUAACAGUGAA